AUGGAGAAGAAGUGCUGCGUGGAGGAUGAUGGAGAAGGUGCUGCUGCUGGCUUUCUCGGCGUGAAGAGGCAGAGGUGGUUUGGGGAAGGCUCGGUGAAGGAGAAGGUGGAGCAGCAGUGGUGGUUAUGGAAGCUGGUGGUGAUGAUGGCGGUUGAUGGUGAGCUCGGUGAAGGAGGAGGGAGUUCGGUGGUGCUGUGCGAGGGAGGUGUUGCUGCCGGUGAAGGAGGAGCAACGGGUGGUUAUGGAAGGAUUGGACAAGAAAUUUGCCACCCCAACAGAUUUCAAAAGGGUUUGUCACAGAUACCGCUGGCAAGGAGGAAGGCUGCUGCCUGCAAAAACGCCUCCAACACAAGGAGAAGGAUAUCAUCCUCCUCAUCCUCGUCCUCUCCUGAACGGCAAAGAACGCCCACUCCACCAGCAUCCCCUGCCAGAGAAUCCACCCCACCGCCACCUCCACAAUCACUAAGGGCGCUGCAAGAACAAGCCCUUAAUGCCAUCACAGAUGAAUGGGAGCCUAGGUUGUUUCCAAGGAAUAAGGGUUGGGAUUUCUUUUUGAAGCACAUAAGGCGAAAGUUCAUUCCAGAAAGGGGAAUCGGUGAAGAUGGCGCAGCUUUUGCCUACAUCAAGCGCCAUGGCUGGGAGACCUUCUCCAAACCACCGGUCAAACCAAGGAUCCAGAUUGUGCAAGAAUUUUACGGCAACUUCCACACUGCCCCCAGAGAUGGAGUAUUCGUCAGAGGCAUCAGCGUCAAUUACAGCACAGAGGCCAUCAGGGCCAUUUGGAAAUUACCAAGAAUAAGCACUGAUUACAGAGAAACCCUGGCUGCCCUGCAUCCAAAUCAACCGCUGGAACAGGCCAUUCUGUCCAGAUUGGCAAAAGAGGGCACAAGCUGGGAGAUGGAUGAUCAAGAAAACCCUUUGGGGUUUCCAGCAAAUGCGUUGCAAACGCCUGACUUAAAUCUGUGGCACCAUUUCAUCUGUUGCAAUCUGAUGCCAAUAUCCUACACAGCUAAGGUCACAUACGAGAUGGCUCUGCUGCUGUAUGCCAUUGCCACAGACACACCAUUUGAUGCAGCCUCAGUCAUCCGGGAGCAACUCACCCGAUGCAUCACUGAUCCAAAGGUGAAGAGCUGGUAUUUCCCACUUAUGGUCACCAUGCUAUGCAAAAGGGCAGGGGUGACCUUCCUGCACACAGACGCAGAGAGCAACUUGCAGCAACCAUUAAGGAUGCAUAAGUUGGAUCAGAAACCCCCUGGUGCCUCAUCGACGGGACAAACAACAUCCACUCCCACUCCAACUGGACAGAUGAGGCAGAGGGAUUUCAACAAGCAGACCAGGUUCAUCCUGGAUUACGUCCACCAAUGCCAGACGAGGACGGAGAAAUUCCUGCAGGAAAUGCACAAGUGCAUUGGAUGCCCUGAAAACUGCCCAAUGCCGCAUGAUCCGCCAGUCCACCCACUUCACGGAAUGCCUCAAUGA